CACCCUCUGACAUUUCUACUCGAUGGUACGUUCCGUGUCGUAAUCGGAAGAAGAUUGAAAACAUCUCAAACGCGGGCAGCGUUUCGUUCAAGGGAUUCAUUGAAAAUAAGGUAGUAAAGUCUGUCAGUUACUGCUGUAUUCUGAGUUUAGAUAGACCCUCACCAUUAAGGGUUAGUUACGACAUUGCCAGGCUGCGGUUUGACUGGUAAAAACGACAAGCAGUGCUCCCGCAUUUAAACCAGAAGCACUCACGUUUUGCUUCUAGACAGUGGAACGUACACGCAACAUGCAGGAGGACUCAAGCCACAGUCCCAGCUACACCGUGCCAUGUGACGACUACGUUCAUGUGGUGGAGUUCAGUCCCUUCAGCUCCGGUACCCCGGCAUCUCUCCUGGCCUAUGGUGGAAACCAGUACCUGGUGGUGGGCACCUGCCUCUUCCAGGAGGAGGAUGUGGAGGUCGAGGGAGUUGAAUUCAAUGUUCUUCGAGCUUUUCACCAUGAACUGCGUGUCGACGCUCUAGCCUGGAGCCCUGAGUCUCGGCUGGACAGGAUACCCACUAUCAGGUUGUGCACGGCUGCAGCUGACAGAAAGCUACGCCUGCUGACUUCUGAUCUUCAGGAUAGGCAUGAAGUCAAGGUAAUGGAGGGUCACACCAGCUACAUUAACCAUUUGGUGUUCGAGCCCAUGGAGGGGAAACAAAUUGCUUCCGUCAGUGAUGACCACACUUGCAGGGUGUGGGACCUGGAUGGGAAUGAAAGCGCUACUUUCCGGCUUCAGUCUCCUGGCAUCAGUGUGUGCUGGCACCCAAAGGAAGUCUUUAAGUUAAUGGUGGCAGAGAAGAAGGGGACGAUUCGCUUUUAUGACAUGGUCACCCAGCAGGCCAUCCUGUCACUGGAGAGCGAACCGCUCAUGUCGGCAGACUGGUGCCUCACCAACACGAUCAAAGUAGGCGGGGUGUCGGGCAGCGACUGGCUGAUCUGGGAUAUAACUCGAUCCAGUUACCCACAAGAAAAAAGACCAGCUCACAUCGAUAAAGCACGGCUGUUUAGGUGGUCUCGAGCCAAUGAAAACCUCUUUGCCACCACGGGAUGUCCAGGAAAGAUCAACACUCAGCUGAUCAUCCACCAUCUCGGCCACCCGCAGCCAGUGGCGAUCGGGUCGGUGACCGUCGGAUCAGGCCUCAGUUGGCACCGGACGUUGCCGCUCUGUGUGGUCGGCGGCGACAGGAAGCUUUGCUUUUGGAUGACUGAGAUGUAGACAUCUGUUGUGGAAACCUGCGUCCUGUUUCUGUUUGUGCUCAAUAAAAUAUUUUUCCAGGUA